AUGUCAGACGCUCAGCAACAGAACCAGCGUUUCAAGCUCGAAAACCUCUUCAGCGUCAAGGGCCGAGUUGCCCUCGUCACUGGCGGUGGUUCCGGAAUCGGCCUCAUGAUCACACAGGCACUGGCUGUUAACGGUGCCAAAGUAUACAUCACCGGUCGGACGGGAGAAAAGCUGGACCGUGUUGCAGAAUUGUACUCGCACAACAUUCCCGGACAGAUCAUUCCCAUCACCGCCGACGUCACUAGCAAGCAAUCCAUCCAGAAGCUUGUCGACGAAAUCUCGUCCAAGGAAAAAGCACUGCACAUCCUCGUCAACAAUGCCGGCAUCUCUGGCCAGACACAGGACACCGACAGCCAGAGCGCCGAGGAACUGCACCAAAAGCUCUUCAAAGAUGAGUCAAACUCCUUCGAAGAGUGGGAUCAGAUCUUCCGCACCAAUGUAACCCAGCUUUACUUCACCACCGCUGCUUUCCUGCCCUUGUUGAACAAGGGAACCGACAUCGAGCAUGGCUGGUCCAGCACAGUCGUCAACAUCAGCUCCAUUUCAGGCAUCAUCAAAACAUCACAGCACCACUUCCACUACAACGCUAGCAAAGGGGCCGCGAUCCAUGUUACAAGAAUGCUGGCGCAUGAGAUCGCCUCCUCCAACCUGAAGAUUCGGGUCAACAACAUCGCGCCAGGCGUGUUCCCCUCGGAAAUGACCGCCAAAGAAAGCGACGAGAAGCAGAAGAGUUCCCUUCCCAAGGAGCAGUACGAGGGCAAGGUUCCUGCUGGAAGACCGGGCAAGGAUGAAGAUAUGGGCAGCGCUAUUCUGUUUGCCGUCUGCAACCAGUACCUGAACGGGCAGACUCUCGUGGUCGAUGGUGGCUACGUUCUUGCUGCUGGAACUGUUUAA